GUUUGCUUUGGUUGUUUUCUACUUUAUGACUAUCAUCCCAAAUUGGUCCUACGAUGAUCAGUCUUCCUGGCCCGGUAUGGGCACCAAGGGCAAAUCUCAAUCACCGGUAUCUCUCGAGAGCGCUGCCGUUGAUCACUCUAUUACUUUGGGGGACCUUCACCUUACUUAUGGCAUCGUCGAUAAACCAAUUUUGAAUGUUUCCGAUCGUGGCAUGGAAGUGGCGAUCGCCGGAGAUCAAAAGGAAUACAGAAUUAGUAACGUUCGCGACCAUGAAAGCGACAUUUUCGUUUUGGAUCAAUUCCACGCUCACUGGGGGUUGACGGACGAGGCCGGCAGUGAGCAUCUACUCCACGGUAUGUCCUAUCCGAUGGAGAUGCACUUCGUCCAUCACAACGAAAAAUACGGCACUUUAGAUGACGCUAAGGGUAAGACCGGUGGCUUGGCCGUACUUGGGGUCCUCUUUGGAAUUGGUGAAGCCAAUGAGGAGGUUGGAAAAAUACUGAAAGCCGUCAAAGUCGGUGAGAACACUGUUGAUUCUAUAGACUUGUAUGGUCUCAUCCCCAAAGAUGCAAGUAUCAAACUCUUUGGUUAUGAUGGUUCCCUCACUACACCAACUUGGGAUGAGAAUCUCCUCUGGCAUGUGACGAAAACGACAAUGACAAUUAGUGAGGAGCAGAUGAAGAUGCUAAGGUCUAUCGUUGGCCCUAGUGGAGACAUCAUCGCUCCCAAUCAUAGAGAGGUUCAACCUCUGAAUGGGCGUAAGAUUUAUAUCACUGAUGGUUUGAAGGAAGAGUUGGACGUUACUUUUAACCGCAUGCCAAAUACUGUUUGAUAUACAUAUCCCGUU